AUAAGAGGAGAGGGUGAGGUUGGGAAUUGGGAAUUGUGAUUCGCAUAGCAAAGCGAGACCCCGAAGCUUGAUGACGAUUGACUCUGAAAGAAGAGAAUGGAGAAGAAAGCAAAUAAGAGAGGCGUGAGGGCUGCUGCACAUCCUUGUGUUUGAUCAUACAAAUACAAUUCGAUCUCACGGGGGCUCGCAAUCUCAUUUGAUGAUCUCCUUCUGUCAAAUGUAUCUUUUUUUCUUUCAUCGAAAUGCAUGCAGAUUGCAGCGAUAAACCUGUCUCACGCACUUCUUUUUUUGGUUCAAAGGCCUCGUCUUAGCUACACAUCUGAAGUUUCGUUGCAAAACCCUAACCGAGUUCAGCUUCAGAUAUCCCAAGAUACUGAUAUGAACAGAGAAGAGCUUGGAAAAAUUAUGACUGUUCGGUCGAAACAAGUGGGUGUAAUGGUUAAUAGAAAUAAUGGAACAAAAGGUAAUGAAGGAGAGUCCAAGCUUGAACCACAUUUAGGAUUAGAGUUUGACUCAGCAGAAGAUGCACAGGAGUUCUAUAACGUACAUGCAGCGCAAGCUGGAUUCAAGAUUAGGAUUGGCCAGUUGUACCGGUCCAGAGUUGAUGGUUCAGUUAUUUCUCGGAGAUUUGUGUGUUCAAAAGAGGGAUUCCAAACCAAUUCAAGAACAGGGUGUCCAGCAUUCAUAAGGGUUCAAAAAAAUGAUUCUGGAAAGUGGGCUAUAGCAAAUGUCAAGUCGGACCACAAUCACGACCUUGGACUUCCUGGGGAAAUUCAGCCACCCAGCAUACAAAGGAAAGUAUUUCCAGCUGCCAGAUCUUCAGCUAUUGUAUCCACUAGAACUGGAAUAAGGUCACAUGAAAAUGGGCAACAAAUCCCAACAGAUGCUGUUGUUGAUGUCAAACGUUUGAAAAGGGAACAAGCUGAAGGAGGAGUACCUUCAAUUCAGCCCUAUAAGGGUCUUGAAUUUGCUUCUGCUAAUGAAGCAUAUAAAUAUUAUCACGGGUAUUCUUCUUGCGCAGGGUUCAAAGUGCGUAUUGGUCAGUUGUUCAGAUCAAAGAACGAUGGUUCAAUUACAUCCCGAAGGUUUGUGUGCUCUAAGGAAGGACAUCAGCAUCCUUCAAGGGUUGGUUGUGGGGCAUACUUGAGGAUCCAAAAGCAAGAAUCGGGAAGGUGGGUAGUUGAUCGAUUGAACAAAGAACACAAUCACCAGCUUGACUCCCCAGUUGCUUCCAGUCAAAAGGGGUUUAGAGAGGAUGUUAAUUGUUCAUUAAGAGAUAUAAAUUUCUCAGACCCGAUUGAUGGAAUUGACCUAGUCAAAGGAGAGCGUGAAAAUAAUAUUGGAACCGAUUGGUACCCUAUGCUUCUUUCUUAUUUUCAGUCUAGACAAGCAGACGACACCGGAUUCUUUUAUGCAAUAGAAGUGGAUGAUGAAGGAAAAUGUGGAAGUGUUUUCUGGGUUGAUGGACGGUCUAGAUUCUCUUGUAGUCAGUUCGGGGAUGCCAUUGUUUUAGAUACAACUUACAGGAGCAAUAGCUAUUUGGUCCCAUUUGCUUCUUUCAUCGGGGUAAACCACCAUAUGCAACCUGUGCUUCUCGGCUGUGCAUUGAUUGCAGAUGAAUCUGAAGAAUCUUUUACUUGGCUUUUCCAGACAUGGGUUAGGGCUAUGUCUGGACGACUCCCAUUGUCGAUUAUAGCCGACAAAGACACAUCUAUUCAGCAUUCGAUCGCUCAAGUUUUUCCAGGCGCUCAUCACAGAUUUUCUUCAUGGCAAAUUAAGGCGAACGAACAGCAAUAUUUAGGACCGUUUCUCUCUAUGGAUAACGAGUUCAAAUAUGAAUACGAAACUUGCAUUUCUCAGAGUCAGACCCCAAGUGAAUUCGAUUCUGCCUGGAAUGCACUUUUGAACAAAUACGAUUUGAAGGAGAACACUUGGUUGAAGGAAAUGUAUAGAACACGCAAAAGUUGGGUACCGUUGUACCUCCGCGCAACUUUCUUCGCAGGCAUCCCUUUGGAUGGAAGCAUGAAACCUUUCUUUGGUACGUUCUUGAACGCUCAUUCCCCCGUGAAUGAGUUUGUCAUACGGUAUGAAAAAGCUGUGGAGCAACGUCGGGAGGAAGAAAGGAAGGAGGAUUUCAACUCAUUCAAUUUACAGAGCCCUCUUCACACGAAAGACCCGAUAGAAGAACAAGGUAGAAGGCUUUAUACAUUGACAAUGUUCAAAGCUUUUCAGAAAGAACUUUUGGAAUGCUUCAGUUACGUUGGAAUAAAGAUUAAUGUAGAAGGUUCCAUCAAUAGAUAUUUGGUGCAGAAGUGUGGGAAUGGAGAUGAGAGGAAUACGGUUGCCUUCAAUGGUUCAAAUCUUAAUGUUAGUUGCAGCUGUAAAAUGUUUGAAUUUGAAGGUGUGCUGUGCAGGCAUGCCUUAAAGAUAUUUCAGAUUAUGAAUAUAAGGGAGCUUCCAUCUCGAUAUAUACUGCAUCGAUGGACGAAACAUGCCAAGUAUGGUAUUCUAAGGGAUGUCGAUUCAGGCGGUGGAUCUCAAGAUUUCAGGGCGUUGAUGUUGUGGACUCUAAGAGAAGAAGCUCGUAACUACAUCGAAGCAGGGGCAACCUCUCUCGAAAGAUACAAGAUUGCUUUCGAGAUCAUGCAGGAAGGACGUAGAAAUCUAUGUUGGCAAAACUGACGGCUAUAUGAACAAGAUGCUGUGCCUAGUGGGGAUUUAUUUGCUUGGAUGCUUCUUUUUUAAUCUGAAAUCAGAUUUAUACUUGAAAUUAUGGGGAGGUCUUGAAAGAUACAAGUAUAUGCUUCUUUUGAAUCUGUAAUCAUGUAGCUGGUUGAGAAAAUCCUGUACAUUUUAUUAUUAUUAUUAUCAUUAUUAUUGUAGUGAUCCUUUCUUUGGAAGCUUAA